AUGGUGUUAGUUCAUAAGAAUACACAUAUAUUCCAACACGAUUUUAGAUCAGUGUCUUGUGCCUUUUUCAACAGAUACCCCAAUCCAUAUUCGAGUCAUGUUCUAUCUAUAGAUACGUUAUCUCGAAGGGUAGAUACUCAAGAUGGUAAACUAUAUACAACAAGAUUACUGAAGAAACAGGGGAAACUACCAAGUUGGACGAGUAGUUUGAUUGGAAGAGUGAGUGAUUCAUGGAUUAUUGAAUAUUCUGUUAUCGAUCCUAAAUUACAAAAAAUGGAAACUUAUACGAAAAAUCUCGAUCAUAUUAAAAUUUUAAAAGUGGAAGAGUAUACUACAUAUUACUAUGAUUCCAAAAAUCGUAACACAGUGGUAACUAGUGAAGUUAAAUUUUCCAGUGGAUUCCAUUUGGGGAUUAAAAAUAAAAUAGAGAAUUGGUCACGUUCUAAAUUUGAUGAAAGUGUUAAGAAAAGUAGAAUGGGUAUGUCAUUUGUAAUGCAAAAAUGGGAAGAGCAAAAAAGUAUAAAAUUGGAUGAGGAAACAAGUACCAUAUAG